AUGGGUGAGACGACUAGCCGACAGGUGCUGAGGCAGUUUUGUAGGAGCAUCCAUGAAAUCUUCGGUCUAGAGUAUCUACGAAAGACAAGCACCAAUGAAUGCCAGAGACUGAUAGAUAUGCACGGUAGGGUGCACAGUUUUCCAUUGAUGAUGGGUAGCAUCGAUUACAUGCACUGGGAUUGGAGGAACCGCCAUGUGGCUUUGAAUGGGCAGUUUACUUCUGGAUUCAAAGGCAAACACCCCUCGAUGAUCCUGGAAGCCAUUGCUAACUACCUGUUUCGGAUUUGGCAUGCGUAUUUCGGUGUCGUAGGGUCGAACAACGAUAUCAAUGUGCUACAGUCGUCGCAUCUCUUCAAUAACGAGUGUCGAGGUGAGGGUCCGGAGGUCAAAUUCGUGGCCAACGACAUGAAGUACAACAGGGCAUACUAUUUGGCAGAUGAUAUAUACCCUCGUUGGCCCGUGUUCAUCAAGACAAUCCGGCAACCGGUUGGUCCGAAGAAAUCCUAUUCCGCGCGACGUGAGAGGCUGCUAGGAAGGAUGUUGAGCGAGCUUUUGGUGUACUCCAAGCACGAUGGACCAUUAUACGGUGUCCGACAUGAGUUUGGCAUGAGAAUGAUGUCGCUGACAUCAUGUAUGCAUGUAUCAUAUUGCACAAUAUGA